CCAAUCACAAACUACUUUGCUCAGAGGUGGACGACGGUUGUGCGCAUGUGCCCCGGCGGCCGUGUGUGAUAUGAAAAGAGAGAAACAAAAAUGGAUCCACAGAAAGAAGUACAACCGCCCAAACAGCAGCCUAUGAUCUACAUAUGUGGAGAAUGUCACACUGAAAAUGAAAUUAAGGCCCGUGAUCCAAUCCGAUGCAGAGAGUGCGGUUACAGGAUCAUGUACAAGAAGAGAACAAAGAGAUUGGUUGUUUUUGAUGCCCGAUGAAGAAGAGGAGAGCACUGAUUUUGAUAAUUAUUGUUCUGGAUCUUCGUAGUGUAUUACCAUGUAAAUAAACAGACUUCCAGGCCUUGCUCCAGAUUUUUUAAUUAUACUUAGAACAUAGCAUUUUCAUAUUGUCACAAACAUUACUGUUUUUUGGGGGUGUUAGUCCGAAAAUGAUGGAUUAAAGUUUGGUUUAUUAAAAAAUUAUUUUCAUGGACCAUGA